AUUUUAUCUACCAAACGCUCUCUUGUAGCGUUGCUUCUCUUUCCUGUUACUCAUCCUCAAAGGUCAUAGAAGUGUGACUACUCACUAUCUUUCUCUGCAGUCAGUGACUCAUCAUUAGCAUAUCUUAGCUGCCAUGUCAAGUGCUCAGUGUUUUGAGAACCCACCUAACCUGAACUCAGGUAUCCACGGAGCAGGGACUGUCCUUGAACUUGGAGGACUUAAAUACUAUGUCACUGGACCUCAUGAUUCCAAAUUGGCACUCAUCCUUAUUUCUGAUGUAUUUGGUUAUGAAUCACCAAAUCUAAGGAAACUUGCGGACAAAGUAGCUGCAACUGGAUUCUUGGUUGUUGUUCCUGAUCUUCUGUAUAGCGACCCCUUUGAUAUGGAUAAUCCUCAAUUCGAUCGAGUUUCAUGGCUAAAUGCUCAUGGAGCGGAUAAGGCGUGUGAAGACACCAAACCUCUAAUUGCUGCUCUAAAGAGUAAAGGUGUCACAGCCAUAGGGGCUGCAGGUUUCUGCUGGGGAGGGAUGGUGGUUCUUAAAUUGGCAAUUACCCGUGACAUUCAGGCCGGAGUUAUUCUGCAUCCUGCUCCAUUCAUAGACAAUGAAGUUAAUGAGGUCAAGGUUCCUAUUGCUAUAUUGGGAGCUGAAUUUGACAUUUAUUUUCCACCAGAAAGGUUGAAACAAAUUGAAGAGAUGUUGUCUGUAAGAGCAGAGUUUGAAAGCUUUGUGAAGCUAUACCCUGGUGUUGGCCAUGGAUGGACUGUGCGGUACAAUGUUGAUGAUGAAGCAGCUGUUAAGAGUGCAGAAGAGGCCCAUCAGGACAUGUUGAAUUGGUUUAUCAAGCAUGUCAAGUGAAGAUUGUUUUCACCACCAGAAGAUGCCUCCUGUUAUUGAAAUCAAGUUGACAGAAAAUCUAGUUUUUAUUGAGAGAUGGUUAAUGCAUAAGUCUUGGAUUAAACGGCAUUUCUUGACCGUGGCUUGUAAGUUCACUCUUUAAUUUUUUAUGUUCGAUAUAUUAAAGGGAGUAAGUAGUAUUAGCUACAGAUAGUUUCAAGAAUAGAAUAUCCCGAAGAAUAAUCAGUACCGUAUAGUGUUUCAAGAAUGAAUAUCCCGAAGAAUAAUCAGUAAGUUUACUCUUGUCUUUAUGUUUCGUGCUGUAAUGAUUAGGUAAUAAUGUUUAGGUUUGUCCCUUCACCUUAAUUUAUGUCCUUUUUAUUAAUA